AUUCCUCGGGGCCCGCGAGACGCUUCUCUAGUGGUAUUCCGCUGUGCGUGUACGUCUUUGGUAUUGUGUUUACAAAUCUGAAACACAUGGUGUCUUGUUUACAUAGUAUAUGAAAUUAUACUAAUAUUGUUAUUAGUGGGUGGUGUGAGAGCAGCAAGCCAGGAAGGGUAACGAUUGUUGUCAACCAUGCCAAAAGCAAAGAAGAAGUUCAUUGAUCGUAAGAAUGCUGUGACCUUCCAUCUUGUACACAGAAGUCAGCAAGAUCCGCUUAUAGCAGAUGAAACUGCCCCACAGCAUGUUCUCGUACCAGCUGCUGAGAAGAGGCCUAAGCAGGAAGAAGUUGAAAAACGGAAAGAAGAACAGAGAAAAUAUGGAAUUUUCUUUGAUGAUGACUACGACUACCUUCAGCAUCUCAAGGAAGUCAGCAGUGCUGAAUGUGUCUGGGAGCCUGUUAGUGAAAAGAAAAAAACUAAGGAAGAGAAACACCCUUCCAGUCAAAAACAGAACGAAAAUUUGGAAGAAAGUCUCUCACAAGUCACAAAAAUUUACCUUCCAUCAUCCGUUUUUGCAUCUGAAAUUGAAGAGGAAAUUGGAAUGCUCAAUAAAGCUGCUCCACAGUCAGGUCUUAGAUUAGAACUUGAUGCUGAUGUUGUUGCUGCAAUGGAUGAUGAUUUUGAUUUUGAUGAUCCUGAGAAUCAACUGGAAGACAAUUUUGUUGAACUUGCAAAUGCAGUAGAUUCUAAUGAGGAAGACAAGGAAUAUGACUCAGAUGAUACUGCAUCCACUGGAGACAGUUUGGAAGAAACUGAAGAGGAAGAAGAUGAAAACGAUGAGAUUUGUAGUCUUCCUGGGUCUGAAUUUACAUUUGCUGAAGAGGAAACAAAGUCACGAUUUACGAACUACUCGAUGUCAAGUUCUGUUAUUCGACGUAAUGAGCAGUUGACAUUGUUGGACGGGAGAUUUGAGAAAAUGUUUGCAGAUUAUGAUGAUAGUGAAAUUGGUGCUCUUGACUGUGAGGAAAUUGAGGGCUACAUACCUCCAGAUUCAGAUAUUCUGUUGGAAUGUGCUAAGGAAUUUGAAAAAGGAAAGAAUUCUCAAUUAAAUUAUGUAGAUAAAACACUAAAAAUAUUUGAAAAGAUGUCAUCUGACUCUGAAGAUGGCGAUGACAUGGUGAAAAUUGAAGUAAAGGACGAAGACCAAGAAAAAUGGGAUUGUGAAUCAAUUCUGUCAACUUACUCCAAUAUCUACAAUCACCCCAAACUGAUACCUGAUGUAAAACCAUCAAAACAUAUUCGUGUUAGCAAAAGGACUGGUAUCCCACUAGAUGUUUUGGGUAAUAACACAAACAAGCUCACACCUCAGUCAUUGGCAAGAUUUGAUGCUGCCCAAAAGAAGAAUGCUGACUGUGAUGAUUCAGAAUCUGUGAUUUCAGUGUUGUCAACUCUGUCUAUUCGAUCCAAAGAUGAGACUCCUGAACAAAGGAAGGAAAGGAAAAGAAUGCUGAAAGAAUACAGACGGGAGAGGCGGCUGGAGAAGAAGGCAAAUGCCAUUGCCUUCAAAGAAGAAAAGAAAAGGCAAGAGAAAGUGCUAUUGAAUAAUAAGCUGAAUCAGCAGGGUGUGAAAAUUUUGUAAUUACUUGUACAUGAGGAACCAUGCACUUUGUACAAUAAAUAUUUUUUUAGUAUGUUUAA